AUGGCUUGCAAAACCAUUACAAAAACAUCAUUAUUCACUUCCAGCAAUAAUAAAAAUAAUAAAACAACUACUUUAUCACUCACUUUAACUCCUUCACUAAAUGAAAGGGAAAUAAACGUGAGAUUAACGAAAAUAUUUACGAAAAUUGGCCAGCUUGACAUAGCACAACAAGGAAUUCAAGAUUUACACGACUUUUUAAUCGAGUAUCCUGAAUGUGACGUAAAAGUAAACGCAUUUGAAAUAACUACACGAGAAAUGAAGGCACGUGGAAUGAUACAACAAGAUUCCACGGAUAAUGUUGCCAUUGCUAACAAUAGCAGCAAUAAUAUCAAAUCAGGAAUUCAAGAUUUACACGACUUUUUAAUCGAGUAUCCUGAAUGUGACGUAAAAGUAAACGCAUUUCUUGCAAGUGCUGGCACUUUCUUCCACAAGUACAUAAACAAGCGUUUAGCUGAAAUAACUACACGAGAAAUGAAGGCACGUGGAAUGAUACAACAAGAUUCCACGGAUAAUGUUGCCAUUGCUAACAAUAGCAGCAAUAAUAUCAAAUCAGUCACAUCCACGACGACGAUACCAGCAUCAUCAAUAAUAUCAUCAAUUAAAAAGUCCACUCCACUAUCAAUAUCAAAGAAACCAAAACUUCACAAGAUAAAUACGAGCAGAUUCUCAUCUAGCUCAACAUCAUCAAAUGUAAGUAGUAGAAAUGGCGGUGAUAGUGAUACAUCAUCUCCUUACUCUUCAUCCGGUGAAUACACCCCUCCUUCAUCUCCCGAGACUGCUUCCUCUCCAACCUUACUCUCAAGUCGCAUGUCUCGUGAAUUCAAAGAAAAAUAUUGCAGUGUAGGUGGAGAUGAUUUACCGUUGCCAGAUUUAAACACCGAAAAUCCAAGUGUAGCUUCUGAACUUAAUAAAUGGAUUAAAUGGCUUGUGUCAGAAUUCAAUUUUGAUGGCAUCAGAAUUGACACUGUACGUCAUAUUCCACAUAGCUUUUGGAGUGGAUUUGCAAAAUCAUCUGGAGUCUUUUCCAUAGGUGAAAUUCUUGAUGGUGAUCCAAGAAUUGUUGCAUCUUAUCAAGGACUUAUAGAUAGUACAUUAGGAUAUCCUUUAUACUUCAAAAUAUCCUAUUUGUUUAUAAAUCCUGGUGCAAAUAUGUAUGAAAUUAGAGAUGUAAUCAAUAAUGAUAGAAAUUUUUUUAAAGACACAAGUGUAUUAGGAAAUUUUAUUGACUGUCAUGAUAAACCUAGACUCCAACAUUUAACAAGUGAUCAAGUAUUGAUUAGAAAUGUUCUUACAUUCGUAUUAUUAUUUGAUGGUAUUCCUAUUGUUUAUCAAGGCACAGAACAAGGUUUUAGCGGUCCACCGACUGGCAGUAAAAUUGGUGUAAUUAUCAAACACACGUUAUCAUUAUUGCACUGA